GAGCCUUAAAACCACUACAGCCUUCAGUCAUCAAUUGACUGAGCAGAGAGGAGCUGCGGGACCUGCGGCUCUCAACUUUGGGACUGUUGGACACAUCUGGAUCUACAAUGCUGCUGCAGGGAGAACUCUCUGCUACUGCUGCUGCUGCACUUUUAUUGAGUUUAUAUUUCCUGGAGCCAGCUUUGGUGCUCGCCUUCAACCUGGACACCGGUCAUGUCAUCAGGAAACACGGGGAGCCGGGCAGUCUGUUCGGGUUCUCUCUUGCCAUGCACCGGCAGCUCAACCCGGAUAAAAUGAUGCUGUUGAUCGGUGCACCAAGAGCCAGAGCUUUGGGAAAACAAACAGCCAAGAUCACAGGAGGCCUUUAUAAAUGUGAGAUCACGCCGUCCAGUGCUUGUGAGCGCAUUGAGUUUGACAAUGAAGAGGACCCUCGUUUUGAGAAUAAAGAGAAUCAGUGGAUGGGGGUGACUGUGCAGAGCCAGGGACCUGGGGGAAAGAUUGUGACGUGUGCUCACCGCUAUCAGAGGCGCUUGUUUGUGAACACGCCUCAGGAGUCUCAUGACAUCACCGGGCGCUGCUACGUCCUGAGUCAGGACCUGACCAUUGAUGCGUCCUCCGAUGAGGAUGGAGGCAACUGGAACUUCUGUGAGGGCAGAGCCAGAGGCCAUGAGAUGUUUGGAUCAUGCCAGCAGGGUCUGGCUGCCACUUUUACCAAAGACUACCACUAUGUGAUGUUUGGAGCACCAGGAGCAUACAACUGGAAAGGAGUUGUUCGAGUGGAGCAAAAGAAUAAUACUUUGCUGGAAAUGGGAGUGUAUGAUGAUGGUCCGUACGAAGUCGGGGAUGAGCAUCUCUUGAAUGCUGAGCUGGUGCCAGUACCUGCCAACAGCUACCUCGGAUUCUCCCUCGAUUCGGGACAUCGCAUCACCAAGGGCCGUGGCCUGACGGUGGUGGCUGGAGCGCCAAGAGCCAAUCACAGUGGAGCUGUGGUCCUGCUGAAGAAAGAGAGCGACACCUCCACCAGACUCAUGGUGGAACACACUCUGUAUGGGCCGGGACUAGCAUCCUCCUUUGGAUACGACGUGGCUGUGUUGGACCUGAAUGCUGACGGAUGGCAAGAUAUAGUUGUCGGAGCCCCUCAGUUCUACAUGAAGGACAGAGACGUUGGAGGAGCUGUUUACGUCUACGUCAACAAGGGAGGGAGGUGGGAAAGAGUCACUCCUGUCCGUCUCAACGGGACCAAACACUCGAUGUUUGGACUGGCAGUGGAGAACGCUGGAGACAUCAAUCAAGACUCAUAUGAAGAUAUUGCCGUUGGAGCUCCACAUGAUGAUGCCGGUGCAGGAAAAGUCUACCUUUAUCAUGGCUCUGCACAGGGGAUCAAAACCAGUCCUGCACAGAUCCUUUCAGGAAAACAGCACAACAUUCGAUUCUUUGGAUAUUCUCUGGCAGGACACAUGGACCUGGACGGUAACUCUUAUCCAGACCUCGCUGUAGGCUCUCUGUCAGACACAGCUUUAAUUUACAGGGCACGGCCAGUCAUUACCAUCAGGAGAAGUGUCAAAAUAUCUCCACAGGAGAUUGACCUUACGAUUAAAACCUGUGGUAACAGCAUUUGCUUCACUGUAGAAACAUGCUUUGCCUACAAAGCAAACCCUGCAUCUUACAGCCCAAGACUAACUAUUGGCUAUUUUGUGGAAGCGGAUGGAGUUCGCAGGAAACAAGGGCUGCCCUCCAGAGUGGUGUUCCUGAACAAGUCCCACACUGAAUUCGACUACCAGUUCAAUGGCACCGUAGACCUACGAGGCCAAAACCAGGAGUCAUGCAUCGUGAUCAAAGCUAGACUUAAGGACAACAUCAAAGACAAGAUGCGCAGUAUUCUCAUCGAGGUGUCUCCAGAAAUCAUUGGUGCAAAACAACAGAGGAUAAAAAACGGCCUCCCUCAGCUGAUGCCCAUCGUAGACUCCUCUCAGCCAGUCAAAGUCGUCACUGAGGUCAACUUUAUAAAAGAGGGAUGUGGCCUAGAUCAUAUUUGUCGGAGUAACCUGAAGAUGGAGUACAGUUUAUACUACAAGAAGAGUAACUUGGAUGUGUACCUUCCAUUAAACAACAGCAAGAACAACAUCCCUGAUUUUCUUCUGAGUUAUGAGAAUAAGAUCUUGGCUGUGCGAGUGACAGUGAACAACAUGAACGGUGAUGAUGCUUACGAGGCAAAGCUGGUGGCAAAUUUCCCAGAUGCCCUGUCGUAUUCUGGAGUCCGAUCACAUCAAACAACAACAGAAAAGCCGAUCAUCUGUAAUGCCAAUCAGAACGGCUCCCAGGCAGACUGUGAGCUGGGAAAUCCUUUCAAGCGAGACUCGCAGGCUACCUUCUUCAUUCUGCUGAGCACUUUGAACAUGAGUCUCGACACCACUGAGUUUGAGAUCGACCUGCAGCUCCAAACGACCAGUGUGCAAGAAAACAUCGCUCCUGUAAAAGUAAAGGCUAAAGUGACCAUUGAAUUGCCUUUGUCUGUCAGUGGGGAGGCCAGUCCUAGUCAGGUUUCCUUCGGAGGUGUUGUGAAAGGAGAAAGUGCAAUGACGACAGAAGAAGAGAUCGGAAGUUUGAUCAACUAUACAUUCAGAAUAAACUACCUGUGGAUGUCUUUGAAGCCUUCUGUCAAAGCCUCGCUACACAUUCAGUGGCCCAAAUGGAACAAAGAUGGGAAAUGGCUUCUGUACCUGGUGAAGAUCACAUCCAAAGGGCCGAAGGACAUUGUUUGCUCUCCUGAGUCUGAGAUCAACACUCUCAAACUCAUCCAGGAGAAUUCUGCAUCCCGGAAAAAAAGGGAAAUUGGGAAAAAACAAAGAAAAACUGGCGGCAAAGUGUCACAUCUGUCAGGCAAAAGAAAAGUUCUGUCCUGUGAAAAAGAGAAGAACUGUGUGGUGCUGAAGUGCCCUCUGCAGGGACUCGACGGUACAUCAAUUAAACUGAGGUCUCGUCUGUGGAACUCAACCUUUAUCGAGGAUUACGCCUCUUUUUCCACGUUGGAUUUAGUUGUGAAGGCCUCGCUUGUGCUUGAUACUAAAAGUAAAAACAUGAUCCUGAGAACUCCUGACACGACUGUGACGGUGACUGUGUCUCCAGACAGUGCAGUGGCUCAGCAUUGGGGAGUUCCCUGGUGGAUCAUACUGGUGGCCGUUCUGGCAGGAGUCUUGAUUCUGGCUUUGUUGGUGUUUCUGCUCUGGAAGUGUGGAUUCUUCCAACGCUCCAAACAAGAUGACAGCGUCCCUCGUUACCACGCAGUGCGGAUAAGAAAGGAAGCUCCUGAGUGUAAAGAUGGAAAAGUCAGACUUGAUGCUUUUGAAACAAAGCAGUGGAUGACGACUUGGAUCAACAAUGAAAGUUACUCCUGAGUGUUUGUGGAUCAGGAUCAAAUGCUUUUAAAAAAACAAAAAUUGUGACAGGACACAUAAACUUUUUGUUAAUUUGGUGUUCUUUUUUUGUAGAUAAUUCUUUCUUGGAAUUAGCUGGGUUCAAAACCUUGAAUUUUUUUACACUGUAUAGACGAUGAAUUGCUUUUUGUAAGUGUUGUAUAUAUUUAAAUACUUCUGCACAGUCUAUAUUUAUUUUUUGAUUUAAAAAAAAUCAUGCAACCAAAGUUUUUUUUCCACCACGAAACAAAAAAAAAGGGCAAAGUUUACUACUGUUUUUAAAGUUGUACUUAAAGCCUAAAGUCUAUGCAAGGAAGGUACAGCUGGUUCACUUUAAUAUGAAUGUGCAUUAGCUUUUUUAUGUGCUUUUAUGCAUUUAGAAUGCUUCUUUCCACUUUGAAACCUCAGUUAGGUACAUUUUCAUGUCACAAAUAGCAAAUGUUUGCAUACGACCACAGCUGACUCUAAAUGUGAGAGUUGCUCCAUUUUCACUUGUGCUUUAGACGAACUCUUCCUCUCGUCUCUCGCCGUCGUGGCGCUCAGGUAGCAUCCACUGUACUGUAGAUCAUCACUGAAGUCUUUUUGUUCCACGUGAGGAAUCCAAAGGGAAGAUGGCGAAAAGCAACUGAAAUGUGGCUUCUAGAAUGAAUUCAAAGUGCCUGUCUUAACUGUUGAACUGUAAAAUAAAACUGCUAAAGACAGA